AUGGACCGCAUACGGAAGUGGCACUCUCCUCCCGGGGUGGCCUACGAGCCCAUAGAAGAGCCAGCGGAUUAUGAGGAUGAGCUGGACUCUCCUAUUUUGCAAAGCCAAUCCAGCUCGCCUUUUUCAAGACCUGUAUACUGGGUUUUCUUCAUCUUGGGUGUGUCCAUGUUAUGGGCAUGGAAUAUGUUCCUCGCUGCAGCACCAUUCUUUCGUCAGCGGUUUCAGUCAAAUACAUGGGUGACGACUCACUACCAGUCAUCCAUACUGACGGUGUCGACGGUCACCAACCUAACAUCAGCAUUUGUGCUCGCCAAGGUGCAACAAUCAGCAUCGUAUCCGCGGCGAAUCAUAGUAUCGUUACUGAUCAACAUUGCUGUUUUUACCCUCCUCGCAUUCUCUACGCUUGUGCUCAAACAUGCCUCGGUGAUCGUAUACUUCGGGUUCCUGAUGAGCAUGGUUUUCGGGGCGAGUAUGGCCACCGGUAUCAAUCAGAAUGGUGUGUUUGCGUACGUCUCAGGCUUCGGAAGAGAGGAGUACACUCAAGCUAUAAUGAGCGGUCAGGGUGUGGCAGGAGUCUUGCCAUGUCUCGCACAGAUGCUCUCCGGCCUGGCAGUUCCGGAAGAAGGAGAAGAACAGGCGCUAGACGCAUCAUGGAAGUCAGCCUUCGCUUGCUUUAUCACAGCGACGGGAGUCUCAUCCUUGACUCUAGUUGCCUUUGUAUGGCUCACCAAACGCCAGUCGCUGCACAUCGUUGAUGACAGCUCAGAAGCAUCCAACGCGAACCAACUACCCACGAAGACUGUUAGCCUUUGGACUCUUUUCUUGAAACUCCGACUCCCUGCCAUCUCCAUCUUUUUGUGCUUUGUGGUAACAAUGGUAUUUCCCGUUUAUACCUCUCGAAUCGAGUCCGUUCGCGGUACAUCCGAUGCAUCCCGCCUCUUCCAACCAGCUGCCUUUAUUCCAUUAGCAUUCUUUUUCUGGAACGCAGGCGAUCUCCUUGCAAGAAUGCUUGUCCUCAACCCACGCUAUUCACUAGCUCACAGGCCCUGGGCGCUGCUAAUCCUCUCUAUCGCCCGCGCGGGGUUCAUCCCUCUCUACCAACUUUGCAACAUUGGCGGGCUGGGUGCUAUUGUGAAUAGUGACUUCUUCUACCUCUUCAUUGUGCAGCUUCUGUUUGGCGCGACGAAUGGGUAUUUGUCCAGCUGUUGUAUGAUGGGUGCUAGUUACUGGGUCUCUGCUGAAGAGCGUGAACCUGCGGGCGGGUUUAUGAGUCUCAUGCUUGUGGGCGGGUUGGCGGCAGGGAGUCUUUUGAGCUUUUUUGCUUCCGGUACGUGA